CUUAUUCACAAUGUGGCGGCGUUGGAUAUACGGGUGGAACGUGCUGCCCAAUGGGGUGGUCUUGCCAGACACAGAAUUCAUACUAUGCCCAGUGUCUUAGCGGCACCGUGAGCAUACACAUCCCAUGCCUGAUCUUGAGGAACCGCUAAUCCUCUCAAAGCCAACUAGCUCGACCGGUUCGGGUGUGUCGACAGGUCCGUCGUCGACAUCAAACUCACCAAGCACCAGGACGACUCCCUACCGCACGUCCACAACCUUCCUGACGGGUAAAGCCAUAUCAACCCACACGCAACUGCCCUAUACCACGCUCGAAUGCGGUAAUGCGGACUGCGGCUCCGGAACUAUCUUCCCUGAUAUUACCACCGUCAACAGCAGUAUGCCCUGGCACUACAGCCGAUCUACCCAUUUCGGAGAAACCCCCGCCGGCGCGUGCGGGUUUGGUUUGUACGGCAUGUGCACAACCGCCAACGUCUCGGGCAUCGACUUGGGCGCCGACUGUGCCCUAUUCUGCACGAUGUACCCGGAUAUGUGCGCGGAUCCAGCCAAUGCCACACUUAGAGGCAACUUCGCGGCGCCAAAUGGCGACUACUACACGCAGUUUUGGCCCAUGCUGCCAUCCUUAUCUGUUGGGGAAGAGCAGGAUAACUAUCUCUCGUGCGGCGAGUGCUUUGAGCUGGUACGCACCUAUGAUAACGGAAGCCUUUACGCCCCCAACGAGGCAGGUUACGCGCCGCCAAUUAUCCUUGAGAUUGUGGAUAGCUGCCCAUGUGAGGCGAAUCCCAAGUGGUGUUGUGGGCCAAGUGUCGACCAAUGCCAAGAAGUCGACGCUUUCACAUAUGGCUGCCCGCUCCCCAGCGGCUCUAUCCACCUCGACCUCUCCGACGUGGCUAUGGCCCGCGCACAGGCCGGCGUGCUCGUCGAGGGUGUGAUCCCGACGCAGUACAAGCGUGUGCCGUGUCCAAAGGCGGGUAACGUGUAUGUGUGGCUCCGCGGCGGCGCCGGGCCCUACUGGAUCCAGAUCACGGCCGUAAAUGCAGCCGGCCUCGGCUCGAUCGUGGGUUUCGAGAUCCGACCGGACGGGCAGUCGGAGUGGCUCGCUCUCAUCCAGGAGGACGACUACCCGGCCGGCCACCCGCAGGAGCGGUACGGCGCCUGGACGCUGCCGCCCAAUGCCCCGUAUAUCAACCUGCCGCUGGGGAUACGACUCACGAGCGCGACCGGCGAACAGAUUGUCAACGAGCGCGUUAUCACGAGCUGGACCGCGCCUGCAUCAGCAAUCCAGGGGUAUUGGUAUAUCGACAUGGGGACACAGUUCACUCUGCUCUGAGUUGGAGAUACGGAAAAUGGAGUGAAAUUGAUAUGUUGCAGGGGAGCGCGAAAUGGGCCCCCAAUUCGGACUUUCACUUGCACAACUUGUACUGUUCGUUCGGUUUUAGGCUAAGAACUAUAGUUUGCUUCUGGGAAGGUGGUGAGAAGAAGUAAUCUUGCUGCCGCUACUUGGAGGGCUCUACUAACUAAUAUUUGCGCUCCACGAGGGGUGUCCGGGUUUUGGCAUUUGCUCUAUUAACCUUUAUUAGUAAAAUAUUUAUUUUCCGAAUUUUAAGUAAAACUUCCACUAAUAACAAUAUUUAUAAAAUAGUGAAAAG